AAAAAUAGAAUAAACACUCGUCCGUCGACCGGCGAACGCGUUGGUCGUGUAUACGUUGCUGCGGCAGCGUGUUCAUACUCCGAAAAUCGCGAUGUGCAAAUUAAUUACUCGGACUUAGUCUGUAUAGGUGCGAUAUUACGAUAAUUCCUCGACGAUAUAACGAACGGUGUAUACGAUGGCUUUCCAAGCCAAGUGCGCUGGUGUUUUAUUUUUAUUUUGGUGCUUUUUUUUAUUUAGUGCUACCAGUUUCAAUCUAGAACCGAGGAUUCCAGUGAUAAAGUACGGGGCAUCAGGCUCUUACUUUGGAUUUUCUGUAGCUGAACAUGUCACAUUUAACAGCGACGGAACUAAUACUAGCUGGCUCCUGGUUGGCGCUCCACUCGGGCAGAACCUGCAGCCAAACACUACCCGAUCCGGAGCCCUGUGGAAGUGUGGCCUGUCUCCAGCUGUGAGGGACUGCGAACAAGUGGUCACCGACGGGAAAACCAGGUCUGAAGAUUCAGCGUUGUCCAACCCUCAUCCGGAAGAGAUCAAGAACGGGCAAUGGCUAGGAGUUUCUGUUCGAAGUCAGGGUCCUGGCAUGAAAGCUGUUGUGUGUGCGCACAGAUAUAUUCGAAAAAUACUGGAGUCGCAAUUUGGACAAGGUCUCUGUUAUACCCUCACCAAUGAUCUCAAGUUGCAAGAUGCGUGGGAGCCUUGUCGAGGAAGAUCUGUAGCAAGAGAACACGAGGACUUUGGGUAUUGUCAAAUAGGAACCAGCAGUUCUUUCCUGAAGGAUGAUACCUUGGUAAUGGGCAGUCCUGGGCCAUACACCUGGAGAGGCACCAUGUUCGUGUCCGACACCAAUGACGACCUCCUUGAAAGAGAUAACAUGGUUUACUUUGCUCCAGUGGAAGAUGGACAAAGUCCUGUUGAAAAAUACAGUUAUCUAGGAAUGUCUGUGAUUGGAGCAAAUUUUUUCGGUUCCAAGUUUUCAUAUGCAGCCGGAGCACCUCGUGCACACGGCACUGGACAAGUUCUAAUCUUCAGCAAAAGAGAAAUAAAAUCAUGGAGUGCUGAUAUCAACUUGCUUGGCCUCAAUAUUAUCAUCAAUGGAGAGCAGUUCGGUUCUAGUUUCGGAUACGAAAUGUGCGCGGCGGAUGUCAAUGGUGAUGGAUUCCCCGAUCUCUUAGUUGGAGCACCAUUCUAUUUCUCUAAAGGUGUCGGUGGCGCUGUCUAUUUGUACAUAAAUCAAAACAACAACUUCACUACCAAAUAUGACGUAAAAUUAAACGGAAAACCAGAAUCUCAAUUUGGGAUUGCGAUUGCCAAUGCUGGAGAUCUAAAUAAGGAUGGCUGUGAAGAUGUUGCCAUUGGCAGUCCAUAUGAAGGCAAUGGCGUGGUGUACAUUCAUAUGGGUUCAAGAAAAAAUGGACUCAAUUCGAAACCCGAUCAAAUUAUAAAAGCUGAGGAUUUACCAAGGCUUAUGAGAACCUUUGGUUAUUCACUCUCUGGUGGACUAGAUCUUGACGAUAAUGGGUAUCCUGAUUUAUUAGUAGGCGCUUAUGAAAAUAGCAGCGUAGCCCUCCUCCGUACCAGACCCAUCAUUGACAUUAAGACCUGGGUUGUACCAGCCAAAAUAUUGAACGUAGACCCAGCAGUUCAAGGCUGUGAUAAAGAUCCUACAUCGAAUUUUACCUGCUUUCAUUUCCAAGCAUGCAGUGUCAUUAAAUCUCUGGUCAAAACUAGUCAGAGUUCUAUACACAAGCUUAACUACGUCAUAGAAGCCGAAACAUUUAAUAAAGAAAAGAAAUUUUCUAGAAUCUUCUUCGAUAGUGCAAAGACAAGUAUUGUGAACAAAAGUAUAAGUUUGGGCAAGAAUGUCGAUUAUUGUACCGAUCACAUAGCUUAUUUAAAGAACAGUACCAGAGAUAUUCAAACACCUAUUAGAAUCCAGCUGACCUUCAAGCUUCAACACGUGCAGCCGACUUACUCCACAGUGGGAACUUUACCAAACAUUGACGACUAUCCGGUGCUGAACGCGACAGCUACCACCAUCUUUACAGCAAACUUCUUGAACGAUUGCGGGGAAGACGGCAUCUGCCAUAGUGAUCUUGUAGUUGAUCCGAAGUUGCUUUUACCUAAAGCUGAUGAUGGCACGUCAUACUCCCUAACUCUCGGCGAAGAAGAAGAAGUAAAACUGGCGGUGAAGGUAGACAACUACGGAGACUCUGCAUAUGAAGCGCAACUGUUUGUUCAACACAGCCCCACUCUGCAUUAUAUUGCUGCCAAUAUAAGUGAUAAACACGUGAUUUGCACGAGCGUUAACAAAACAACAGUCGGCUGCCUGUUAGAAAACCCUUUCAAAAGACAGCCAGAAGGUACACCAGCGAUCGUACUGAGGUUCGAUGCUCGAGCUCUCGAGGAUAGCGACCUGGAGAUCGAGUUCAAUGUUUGGGCAAAUUCGACUUCUAAAGAAAUCUACCCUGGGAAGACACCCGCCAAAGUCAAAGCUAUUGUGAUAAAGAAUGCAGACUUAAUGAUACAUGGAGUGGCCCGUCCCGAGCAGGUGUUCUACGGCGGCGAGGUGAAGGGUGAGUCGGCCAUGACUUACUUCGAUGACGUUGGGCCCGCCAUCGUGCAUAAGUACCAGGUCAGCAACGAAGGAAGAUGGCGAGUGAAUGCUGUGCAAGUGCUUAUAUUGUGGCCACAUCAGGUUGCUUCUGAUAAGCCUCAAGGCAAAUGGCUCUUGUACCCAGAAAAUAUUACUGCCAUCGACGAAGAAACUGGUCACAGCCACGGGAAAUGUUUCACAUCAGAAGAGCAACUGAAUCCUCUUAAACUCUUAACGCGACCUGGUUCAACGGAACCCCUACUCGAAAAUUUGAAAAUGGAACCACUUUUAAGUUCACGAUCAGGGAAAAUGAGUGCCAGGUCUAGCAGUAAAAGAUAUAAUGAGAGUAGGAAGGCGUACACAUAUUCCAGUGUCGAGAACAGAGUGAGAAGAAGAAGGAAUACUGAGGAGCAGGUGCAAGCCGCAGCGUAUACCGAUGAUGGUCAAAGAAAACAUGUGGAAAAUAUGAGUUGCGAUAAGAAGACUGCCAAGUGCAUCUCUUUCCAAUGCAUCAUCUACCCGCUGGCGCGCCGGCAGGAGGUCACUAUCACCAUCAAGGCCCGGCUGUGGAACUCCACGCUGGUGGAAGACUACCCUCGGGUUGGUCACGUGACCAUAGCAUCGAAAGCAUCCAUCCAAAUACCUGAGCAUUAUAAUAUACAUCAAACGGGAACGUUUGACACUGAAGCAACGGUGGAGACAGUCGCCUAUCCAGAUUUGAAGAUAAGCGAACCGACAGAAGUGCCGUUGUGGGUUAUAAUAAUAUCAGUUAUCAUAGGACUAAUAGUCCUGGUGCUACUUAUAAUAUUCUUAUGGAAACUCGGUUUCUUCAAGCGAAGUCGUCCAGACCCUACGUUGUCAGGAAAUCUGGAGAAGAACAAUCACGAAUCGAGUCCGUUUAUCGACAGAAAUAGGAAUGGAACUCGAUAGCUAAAGUUUCUUGUGUUGGACAAUUGCGGAACACAAGUUUAGGAAAUUGAGGAAUGUACACUAGUGUUGAUCAGUAACUUCCCUAAGGGAUAUGUGGGUUUAAUUUCAACCUUUAUUAUAAAGGUAAUUUUUAAGAUAUUGAUGAAAUAUCCAAAAAAUGUGUCAAUGUUGUAUCAAAAAUUAAAAAUUCAAAGUUUAACGCGAUUCUAAUUUAAGUAUAUAUUUAAGUAUACUGAGGUUACAAUUAUCCUACAUAUACCUUAGUGAUGUUCUAGUGCAUGAUACAUAAAUUAGUAAUUUAUACGUCUUUUGACUGUGAUGUCUUCAUAGAGGAAAAUGUAUGUAUGUGAUGUUUUGAACAGACUUGUUUUGUUGAUGUUUGUACGAGUCACACGCGAAAUGUUUGUUUAUACGACUUUGCUGUACGAAAUAGGAUAAUUAUUAGGGACCGUACGAUUUUUUAUAAUUUAUUUAAUUCUUACUAUCAAAACACACUGCCAGUUAUAAAACUUAUGCCCACAACUACUUACUUCUUUUACUUUGAUACAAACUGGAAUGUGUUUUCGUAACGCUAUCCCCAUAUGCUUGAUGGUGUAUGAGCGAGCGUAUUUGCUUGGAAUAUAAUAUAUUUCUGUAAAUAGCUACUUAUUUAUAAAUAGCGUAACUUGAUUGACUAGGCUGUUUACUAGUCACAAAUAAAGGUAUUUUGUAACACUAGUUGUAGGUAAAUGUAUGCACAGUCAUCAUAUGUGGUGAGAAGAGACGUGUGUUUGCGACGUAGUUGACUUGGUAGUUCUAAUCAUAAACGGUUAGUAUUAACUAUUCAUUUUUUCGAUGAUGGUGUGGUUGAUGAAAAAGUGCUGUAGUCGUUGCUUAAGUCAAGAAUGAUGUUAUUACGUAGAAAGUACUUAAAUAAUUUAAGAUCAGAAUUUGGUGCUGAGCAUCUCCAUUCUCUUCAACAUUCAGUGAAAAAAAAUUACAUUUUAGUAUUUAACAGUUUUAUAAAAAGGAAAUGUGAGUUUAACCUUCGCAUUAUUUAACAAAGUAGUAAGCACCAUAUAUUUACUAAAAGUCAGCGAGUAUACGUUCAAUAAUUAAAAGUGAACUUAAAUUUGUAUUUUUAUUUUUAAGACAGGAGUAAUAGAAUUCUGAAUCACUUUAUCAUAUUUUUCAUAAGAUUUUUGCCACAAUGCAUUUUAUGUCACUUUUUAAUGAUAAUAAUUUAAUGUAAAGAUGUAAAUUAUUCAAAAAUGUAACGUAGUUUUAUAAUGUACAUAUUUUAUUAUUCAUUAGGUAGAUUUUAUACUAAAUCGUUGUUUUUCACAAAUGUACCACUGCCUAAAUUUUUUUAAAUAAUUCAUGAUUUUCACCAUCGAUACGUCUUAACGUUUUAGUGUGUAAAAAACAGUUUUCACUUUAAACAGAGUUUAAUUAGUGACAAUUGUUUUUGAGUCUUUUAUUUUACCUCCUAUAUUUUUUUAUAAUAUUAUGCUGGAUAUUUGUACUAAAAACUUCUGUGUAUUUGAUUUUGUUAAGAAUAACUUUCACUCGUUUUAGAGUGAUAGCAGUUUAGAAUAAUCUUCAGUAGUAAGUAGUGGAUUAUUAUUUACAAUAAAAAUGUAGGCGUUUAUUCAUGUUCAUUACGAAAUAAGACUAUUUCCUGGACUGAUAAUAGAAUAAAGUUUUUCUUUUAUUGAUUGCAGGUAUGGUUUAUUUUAAUUUAUUUACUGCAACAAUUAUAAAGAAUGUUGAGACGUAUCGGUACAUUUAAAUAAAUGCCACCUAUUUUACACUGGUUGUGAUUUAUUUUUAUCCUAAUAAAAUCUUGAUUCUUGAUUAUGCCUUCAAUAAAUUUUAAUAAAAUUGUGCCAUUCGA